GGAGCAGUGGCUGCUCGCGCUCUGUAACAGUGACGUCUGCGUCUCGGGCUCCUCCAUACACUGCUCGCGGUGUACUCACUUCAUAAGGAAUUUACAGUGAGGGGAAAAAAAUCACAGUAAUGUUUUCACACAAAAGAAAACUGAAAUCUUGAUCCAAAGUGUGCGGUGAAAUUUUUUUUUAUUCCCGGGAGAAGAUAAGGUGAAACUUCAGAUAAGGGAGAGAGGCAAGUGAACUUUGACAGGAUGCCUCCGCCAGUGCACCUGCAGAUGCCUCUGGGGGAGACGAGUGACGCAGAGUUCUCUGACGAUGAGAACUCUCCCAUGAAUCAGGACAUCUACAGUGGCAGCCGACGAUCAGUGCAGGAGACGAAGGCAUGGGAUGUGUUCCGGACGCUACCACCAUCAACCAGCUCCCUCUCUGAAGACAGCCAAAAGUUUCUGGAGUUUACCAUCAAAUGUCUCAAGGUGUUUACGUACUUACUGACGUUCGGCGUUGUGCUGACGUCAGGCGUCAUCACCAAGGGUGUCGUCCUCCUCAUGACGUCACAACUCAAGAAGUCGAAGAAGUUGCCCAUCUGCGCCAAGAACCUCAAUGGUCUCUCCAACGAGAAGGACUACAUCGCUACGCUGCCUGAGGAGGAGAACGUGGCAUGGGCCUGGAUGCUCUUUUUCUGUUUCAUUGUGCCGGAGCUCGGCACCUGGUUCAGGUCCACCCGCAUGUGUGUUUUCAAGUCCUGGAAGAAGCCGCCGUUCGGUGACUUUUUCUUCGUGUGGCUGUUCGAAACUAUGCACGCUGUGGGCACGAGUCUCCUGGUGUACAUGGUGCUGCCGGACCUCGACGUCAUAAAGGGUGCUAUGCUCACCAACUGCGUCGCCUUCAUCCCAGGGCUCUUCGGACUUUUGUCGCGCACGAAGAAAGAGUCCCGUGUAGCGUUGAAGGUAAUAAUGGAUCUGGUGGCUUUGGCUUGCCAAGUGACGGGGUUCGUGGUAUGGCCCAUCGUGGAACACGGAAAGGAUCCUAACAACUGGAGGAUCUGGCUAAUCCCUCCGGCCAUCUUCCUAACCUCCUUCGGCUGGUGGGAGAACUACGUUGACAAGCACUCAAAAUUCUCGGUGAUCAAGUACUUCGGAGGCAUCAAGGAGCGGCUGUGGAGGACCCGCUACUUCAGUUACGUCUUCAUCUCCCUGUGGAAGUGUCUGGUCUUCUUCACUAUCAUGAUCAUCUCCAUGAGUACGCGUCUCCAGGAUGUUUCUGCCAUAUUUGACGUGGGAAAAGCGUUCAGGGUUCACAGCAUCAACGUUACGGAGGUGCGAGAGACGCUGCCAGGACACACAGUGCCAGACUUUCCCAAUGUGGCACCCCUGGAGAACACCCUGCCCAUCAUGUCCACCUACGGCACCCCCGUCUACGUCUUCCUCAUUCAGGUCCUCACUGCCUGGCUCUGCUACAUCUUUGGUAAAUUCGCCUGCAAGAUCUGCAUCCAAGGCUUCAUUGCCUUUCCCGUCAACCUGACCAUCCCUGUGUCCAUCUCGCUGCUCAUCACCGCCUGCGGCCUCAGGUUCGACACCGCCUGCUCUUUCGGUGUCAUCCCGGAGUACCUCUUCUGGGAGUGCAAGAACGGAGACAUUCUCAACGACUUCUUGAACAAUGAUUAUGCAUGGGUAUGGCUCCUGUGGCUUCUGUCUCAGACAUGGAUUACUCUACACAUAUGGACGCCCAAAUGUGAGCGUCUGGCCUCCACGGAGAAGCUGUUCGUCACGCCCAUGUACAACUCUCUCCUCAUCGACCAGUCACUGGCCCUCAACCGCCGACGAGACGACGAAGGCGACGUGAAGACAGAAGAUCUCAACCUCAACGCUGACGAGCAUGAGAACGAGGUUUCUCAGUACUACGAGACCAUCUCCAUCCACACGGAUUCUUCCAACAACAACGCGUCCAAGAUCAAGUCUUCUGACCACAUCACCCGCAUCUACGCCACAGCCACCAUGUGGCACGAGAACGAGGAAGAGAUGAUGGAGAUGUUGAAGUCAAUCCUUCGUAUGGACGAGGACCAGUCUGCUCGCCGAGUGGCACAGAAGUACCUCAAGAUCGUCGAUCUGGAUUAUUACGAGUUCGAGACCCACGUCUUCUUCGACGACGCCUUCGAAAUAGCUGACGAUAACGAAGACGAAAAUGUUGUGAACCAGUUCGUGAAGCUGCUGGUGAAUCUGAUGGACGACGCUGCCACUCACGUUCAUCAGACCAACAUCCGCAUCCGACCGCCCAAGAAGUUCCCCACUCCAUAUGGAGGACGUCUUGUGUGGACCCUCCCUGGCAAGACCAAGAUUGUGGCCCACUUGAAGGACAAAAGCAAAAUUCGACACAAGAAGAGAUGGUCUCAGGUGAUGUACAUGUACUACCUCUUGGGCUUCAAACUGAUGGAUCAACCCAUCUCAGUGGACAGAAAAGAGGUCAUCGCCGAGAACACUUUCCUGUUGACUCUGGAUGGAGACAUCGACUUCACCCCGAGCGCUGUGGCUCUGCUGAUCGAUCUCAUGAAGAAGAACACCAACCUGGGUGCUGCUUGUGGACGUAUUCACCCUGUCGGCUCUGGUGUGAUGGUGUGGUAUCAGAUGUUCGAGUACGCUAUCGGUCAUUGGCUGCAGAAGGCCACUGAGCAUAUGAUCGGCUGUGUCUUGUGUAGUCCCGGCUGCUUCUCCUUGUUCAGAGGGAAGGCUCUCAUGGACGACAAUGUCAUGGCCAGAUACACCACCAAGUCUAGUCAAGCUCGUCACUAUGUGCAGUACGAUCAGGGGGAAGACAGAUGGCUGUGCACGCUGUUACUGCAACGAGGUUACCGUGUAGAGUACAGCGCCGCCUCCGACGCUUACACUCACGCCCCUGAAGGUUUCUCCGAGUUCUACAACCAGCGGAGACGGUGGGUGCCCUCCACCAUGGCCAACAUUAUGGAUCUGCUGCAGGACUACAAGAAGACCAUCGAAGUCAACGACAACAUCUCUUUGCCUUAUAUUUCUUACCAGACUAUGUUGAUGGCUGGCACCAUCCUGGGCCCUGGCACCAUCUUCCUCAUGUUGGUGGGUGCUUUUGUGGCUGCCUUCAGGAUCGGCAACUGGCUCUCCUUCCAGUACAACAUCAUCCCAAUCCUCUUGUUCAUGGUUGCUUGUUUCGUCCUUAAGUCUAGCAUCCAGAUCUCCGUAGCGUACGUACUGACGGCCGUGUACGCCCUCGUCAUGAUCGUGGUGCUGGUGGGGAUGUUGCUCAACUUCGCCGAGGAGGGCUGGAACACCCCCACCAGUAUUUUCUUCCUGGUCACGGUGACAUCUUUCGUCGUGACAGGACUUCUACAUCCGAACGAGUUAAUCUGCCUGCCCUGCGGCCUCGUCUACUACAUGGUGGUGCCAUCCAUGUACCUCCUGCUGCAGAUCUACUCCUGCUAUAACCUCAACAAUGUGUCCUGGGGCACUCGCGAGGUCGCCACCAAGAUGAAGAAAAAGACCAGAGAGGAGCUGGAAGCAGAGAGAAAGGCAGCGGAAGAAGCCAAGAAGAUGAAAAAGAAGGAAGGUUUCCUUGGAUUCCUCACCAGAGACCAGCAGACGGACGACGAAGGUUCUAUUGAGUUCUCCCUGGCAGGACUCUUCAAGAUCAUCUGCUGCGUCCACCCCAAGAGCAAUAACGAACACGAUCAGCUCGCUAGCAUUGCGAAUUCACUCGAAAUUCUCAAGAAACGCUUCGAAACAAUUGAAGCUCACAUGGGUAUCGUGCCCAGCACUCGCCGCCGCUCCACACUGCAGACCCGUAAUUCCAUCAGAGGUGACGGAGUCUCCUCCAUCAAUGAGAACACCUUGGGCGACUACAGUGACAGCGAGAGCGAGAAGUCUGGACCUAAGGAAGAGCGGGAUGACCUAGUCAACCCCUACUGGAUGGAAGAUAAGGCUCUCAAGAGAGGAGAAGUUGAUUACAUGCCAGGGGCUGAGGUCCAGUUCUUCAAGGACCUCCUUGAGAAAUAUCUACAUCCCUUGAUUAAGAACCCGGCUGAACAGAAACAAGCUGAGAUCGAGUUAAAGGAGCUCAGAAACAAAUCUUUCUUCGGUUUCUUCAUGCUCAACGCGCUCUUUGUGCUCAUUGUGUUCCUACUGCAGCUGAACAAAGAUGAACUGCACAUCGACUGGCCACUCGGCAUCAAAGAAAACAUCACAGUUAUACCAGAGACUCAGGAGGUACUAAUCAGCCAAGAGUACCUCCAGCUGGAACCAAUUGGUCUGGUGUUCGUGUUCUUCUUUGCCCUUAUUCUGAUCAUUCAGUUUGUUGCCAUGUUAUUCCAUCGUUUUGGCACCAUCUCGCACAUCCUGUCUUCCACUGAGCUCACUUGCUGUAAUAAGAAGGCUGAGGAUGCUACUGAAGAUGCUUUCAUUCAAAGAAAUGCUGUUGAUAUAGUGAAGCAACUUCAGAAACUAAGAGGUAUUGAUGGUGACUAUGACAGUGAUAGUGUUCAAGGAGGACAACUUGGAAGGCGCAAGACCAUCCACAACCUGGAAAGACACAGACAAAAGAAACAGGCUAUUGGCACUCUCGAUGUGGCCUUCAAGAAGAGAUUUUUCAGUAUAUCAGCUGAAGCUGCAGAAAACGGCAUGGACACCGAGACUCCAGUGCUUGGUAACAUGCGUCGUCUGAGCAUGCGUCGAGAGACCAUCAAAGCUCUUGCAGAGAGACGCGAGACAGUGGUCCAGGAGAGAAGACAAUCCAGAAUGCAGACGAUGGGAGCAAAGAAGCCGCGCAACCGCACCUCCAUAGCUUCCGAGGCAGACAACCAGCGCGUGUUUACCCCGAACGGUGGUAACGUCAACGAUGCUUACGAAUCCGACACCGAGAACUACGGUCCUCCUCCCUCCGUCAGGAGCGCCAUGAGAUAUAGAGCUGCGGAAGACAACAUCAUCUACAAUCCAUGACGUGAAAAUGUGCUCAUAAUUUAAUUUAAAAUAUAUAUAUAUUUUUUUAUUGUGAGACGCAAUUUAUUAGAUGGGAAUUUUUUUCUGUAUGGUUGAAAUUGGUCAUAUGCAUAUACAUUUAAAAUCUACUGUGUAAUGUGUCGUCGUCUGUGACCGCAUGAUGUGCAAAAAUCGGUUCAGUAUAUAGUCAGAUCAUAGUCUUGUAAUUAUGUGACUAGCUGUUAGGAUCACUGAAAUUAAUUUUUUUUAUAUACUGCAUCUGGAAACCUUAUCAAAUAAAUUCUUCAAGGAUAGCUACUCUCGACUUGUUGACACGACCCUCAGGGGCUAAUUGUGCCUUCCACUUGUUCUCUUUUAAGUGAUAUAAAGAACAAAAGUCACACUUUAAAACUAGCCCACGACACAUUAGCGAUAAAUCUUUAUAAGAUGUCUAAGGAUUUAUUUCUGAGUCGUUACUUAGUAAUUGUCGAGGAAGGACCGAAACCUCGUGUAAGAUUUAUCUCCAUUGUGUUAAUAGCAAAAUAUUUGACAUGAAAACAUAUCUAUGGGGAAGCUUGUUCCUGUCUCCCCGUCUACAGUGUCCGCCUCGACCUGUCUCUUAAGCCCACUCCAUCUUUCCCAAAUUUGUAAAACAUCUGUCUUUCCAUUUAAGGCAUAUUACCUUGCAGUUUAGUUACUCUCCCAAAUCGACAAAAAAUGAGAGACGGCGAGGGGGUGACACGAAAAAGGGUCACACGACAAUGGGUCACACGACGAAGGGCCACACUAAUCACUGCAGUGACUAGUGAUAAUGAGUUGUCACUGUGUGUAAGAGUGUGGUGGAGAGACACAACUGUGAUUCAAGAAAGCAAGAUCAACCAUGUAUGCCACAGCAAAGUAGAUACCAGGUUCCUCUUAAUGUUUCUCAUCGUAACCUUCUAGUGGCUAAUGUAUUGAUAUCCCCCCCACCACCUCCCCUCCCUCCCUCCCUCCCUCCCUCCCUUUCAUACUCUUAAUCUAAAAUAUAAAAACAAAAUAAUUUACAGUUCGUUAUACACAAAGCUUUGUCGAUUGAUUUGUAGUAUAUAAGACUUGGGGUAAAAAAAAAUUCCGUUUUAGCAAUCUGGAAAUGUUCGCUUCGCUAUUCUGACUUCCUGCUGAUCACUAAACUUGAGUCCAAUGAUCUUCCAGUUCCUUCUUCACUCUUCCAGUGCCGGGAGGUCAAUCCCUCUCUCUCUAUUUCUCUCUCUCUUGUAAAUGCAAUAUUGUAUGAUAAUGUGUAUAAAGAAUAAAAUAUAUGAUGUUUA